GUACCCGAAGGACAACCAAAAGGGUUGCAAGGAGUUCGAUGAGUCUGGGAUUUCCUUCAAAUCCAAGCCUGGUGCUCUUCCCACCAUCGUUUUGCUCGAUCGUGGAAGUUGCUUUUUUGCUUUGAAGGUCUGGAAUGCCCAGAAGGCUGGAGCUUCUGCUGUUCUUGUUGCGGAUGAUAUUGAUGAAAACUUGAUAACUAUGGACACACCUGAGGAGGAUGGAUCAUCUGCAAAAUACAUAGAGAACAUAACAAUACCAUCAGCUCUCAUUGAAAAAAGUUUUGGUAUAAAAUUAAAGGAUGCCAUAAGUGGUGGUGAUAUGGUCAAUGUAAAUCUUGAUUGGAGAGAGGCUGUUCCCCACCCAGAUGACCGCGUGGAGUAUGAGUUGUGGACCAACAGCAAUGAUGAGUGUGGAGUUAAAUGUGAUAUGCUGAUGGAAUUUGUGAAGGAUUUUAAGGGUGCUGCACAGAUACUUGAAAAAGGUGGUUAUACUCAGUUUACACCCCAUUAUAUAACUUGGUACUGUCCUCAGGCGUUCACAUUAAGCAAACAGUGCAAGUCUCAGUGCAUCAAUCACGGAAGAUAUUGUGCUCCAGAUCCUGAGCAGGACUUCAGCACUGGUUAUGACGGGAAAGAUGUGGUUAUUGAAAACUUAAGGCAGCUUUGCGUUUUUAAGGUGGCAAAUGAAACUAAAAAGCCUUGGGUGUGGUGGGACUAUGUCACUGAUUUUCAAAUUAGAUGUCCGAUGAAGGAGAAAAAAUACAAUAAGGAGUGUGCUGAUGCUGUCAUUAAGUCACUUGGUCUUGAUCUCAAAAGGAUUGAAAAGUGCAUGGGAGAUCCUGAUGCUGAUUCUGACAAUCCUGUUUUGAAGGAAGAGCAAGAUGCACAGGUUGGGAAGGGUUCCAGAGGUGAUGUCACCAUAUUGCCUACUCUUGUUGUCAAUAAUCGACAGUAUCGAGGAAAACUGGAAAAAGGGGCUGUCAUGAAAGCUAUCUGCUCUGGGUUUGAAGAAACUACUGAACCAGCCGUCUGUUUGAGCAGUGAUGUGGAGACAAAUGAGUGUUUGGAUAACAACGGUGGUUGUUGGCGGGAUAAAGCAGCUAAUAUCACUGCAUGCAAGGAUACAUUUCGUGGCCGAGUAUGUGAAUGCCCCCUUGUGGAUGGCGUGCAGUUCAAAGGAGAUGGUUAUACAACCUGUGAAGCCAGUGGACCUGGGCGGUGCAAGAUAAAUAACGGGGGUUGUUGGCAUGAUGCCCGUAAUGGACAUGCAUUUUCUGCUUGUUUGGAUGAUGGACAUGUUAAAUGCCAGUGUCCUGCAGGGUUUAAGGGUGAUGGUGUCAAAAACUGUGAUGACAUAGAUGAAUGCGGAGAGAAGAAAGCUUGUCAGUGCCCUGAAUGUACCUGCAAGAAUACCUGGGGUAGCUAUGACUGCAGUUGCAGUGGAGAUCUUCUGUAUAUCAGGGACCAUGAUGCCUGCAUAAGUAAAACUGCAAGUCAGGGAGGGAAAUCUGCUUGGGCUGCAUUUUGGGUCAUUUUACUUGGCUUGGUUCUAGCUGCUGCUGGCGCAUACCUAGUGUACAAAUAUAGAAUAAGGUCAUACAUGGAUUCUGAAAUCAGAGCCAUCAUGGCACAGUACAUGCCCCUGGACAGCCAAGGGGAAGUUGUAAACCAUGUCAACGAUGAAAGAGCAUGAAAUGAAAAGAAAACACAGAACUUAUGAGCCUCCCUAGUCUCUUGGGACAUGAUGAUGAUGCAUGAAAGCUUGGUUGAGGUGUUGAUGAUUCGGCGCAUUGAAUUUAAUAAUAGAAUGUAUCAUAUUUGACACAAUAAAAACACCUUGGGAAUUACAUAGUUGUCCUGGUUUUUUUUAUUUGGGAUGCACCAAGUUGUGUACUUUAAAAGGAUGAUUUUAGUAGCAAUUUAGUAGGGUGGACUUAAGUUAUCUCACUAGAUUUUAGGACGUGUCUAUGCGACUUUUGUUCCACACUUUGUUAUUGUAUCUUAUCGCGCUUUUACUACGAAAUCUACGUACAUUGCCAACAA